UGAAAGUGUCUCUCAACCGUUUCAUCGUCCGUCUGAGAUAGUGAAUGUUUUUACACGGUUUUUAUGUACGAUGUGAAUUACGUAUAAAUAACGCGGGUUGCUCCCGUGUUGUUUGUGUCGUUAGCUUCUUUACAAAGCAACAAGUCCGACGGAGCUAGCUUGUCACGUAACAAAUAAACUUAGUACAGUCGUCAUGUGCCCUGCUGUUUAAUCUCUCGGCUUUUACGUCCCUUAAAGUGUGCUAAACACGAUGUAAAGUCCGCAAUGUUGGGACGAUAAGAACGCCGAUAUUUGGAUAAAGGAUCACAGACUGAGUCGAAGCAAAGACCAAAAGAGUGUCCGUAACAUAAUUUCUGCACUGGUUUGUUUACACAACCUUUUGACUGCUUCUAUUCCAAAAGCAUUCAAACAAAUUGUCGGGCGCCACCACAUGCAACCAUGUCCAUGGCCCUGAAACAAGUCUUCAACAAAGACAGGACAUUCCGGCCCAAGCGCAAGUUUGAGCCGGGGACGCAGCGCUUCGACCUCCACAAGAAGGCACAGGCGUCUCUGAACGCGGGGCUGGACCUGAAGCAGGCCGUGUCGCUGCCCCACGGCGAGGACCUCAACGACUGGGUGGCCGUCCACGUCGUCGACUUCUUCAACCGCAUCAACCUCAUCUACGGCACCAUCAGCGACUCCUGCACCGACCAAACCUGCCCCGUCAUGUCCGGCGGGCCCAAGUACGAAUACCGCUGGCAGGAUGAGCACAAGUACAAGAGGCCGACGGCACUGUCGGCCCCCAAGUACAUGAGCCUGCUCAUGGAUUGGAUUGAGGUACAAAUCAACAAUGAGAACAUCUUCCCCACCAACGUAGGUACUCCCUUCCCUAAGACCUUCAUGCAGGUGGCUAAGAAGAUUUUGUCUCGUCUGUUCCGGGUGUUUGUCCACGUCUACAUCCACCAUUUUGACCGCGUGAGCCAGAUGGGGGCCGAGGCUCAUGUCAAUACCUGCUACAAGCAUUUCUAUUACUUCGUUACUGAGUUCAACCUCACGGACCACAAAGAGCUGGAGCCUCUGAAAGAGAUGACCUCUCGAAUGUGUCACUGAGGGAACACAACUGGCCGGCCGACACGCGCCAGACGAACGCAUCCGUCCACCGAGAAGACUGCAGAACUAAGAGAACAAACAAAUUUAAAAAAAAAGAGUCUAUUUUUAUAUUUAAGUACUGUAAUCUAUUUUAGCCACAUACUGUAGGUUUUAACCUCGUCAGGUGAGGCAUUCUGUUCCUUUUAAGAAAAGUUUUCAAACAUUUUAUCACAGUAUUAAUACGUGUAUGUUUGUGUUGAUGUUUUUCUAUUUUAUUUGAAUCUCAAUCAUUCCAGGAUGCUUUUCUCUUUCUGUCUCUCUGAAAUUAUCUGAAAUUAGUAUGAUUCUUUCUUACUGUCCUUCUAAAAAAAAUCACUAUGUUAUUAUAAAAAAUGAUCCUCCACUCUGUUAUAAAUUGAAUUUGACAAUCGGUAUUUAAUGAACUCUGAAGCUAACAGUACUGGGCUACUGCCCACCUAAUCUAUUGAUUCUUUCUCCCAGGUUUUACUGACAAACAUCUGAACAUCUGAAUGCAGUCAUUUGGUUUUUGUAUCAGUCAGAGAAUGUAUUAUGUACAAAUGUUACAAUAAGAAAAAUACAUUUUUUUUUCUGUU